AUGAUCGAGGUGAUAUUUAAUAAUACAAAGAAAACAAACCAAAAAGGCACUACACUGUAUCGUGCCGAUAAAAUAAAUAAAUUAAGUUUCGAAAAAAUGAAACAGAAACAAAAAGGCCAAUUGAUCACCAUGAACGGUUUUGUAUCUACAACGACAGACAUCGGUAUCGCCGAAGGUUAUGCAAGAAAUCAGUUUGUGCCACCAGGUGCCGUUUCAGUGUUAUUCGAAAUCAAAUAUAAUCCGAAAAAACAAUGUACAGCAUUUGCUGAUAUCGAAGACAUAUCUUUCCAUCCAGAGGAGAAGGAAGCACUGUUCAGUAUGGGCUCAGCAUUUGCCAUCGAUAGAAUCGAUGCACCAUUGACAAGUGAAAGUUUUUAUCGAGUUAAGCUGACAGCAAGCGAUCUUGAUAAAACAAUUGUCGACGAUAUGAAAUCGAAGGUUGAACAGUCAAGUGCGUCUGGUCUAUCAAUGUUACUCUCUCGCUAUCUGAUUGAACUGGGUGAAUAUCGUGCAGUUAAAAAGUAUUUGACCUCUCUAUUAAACUGUGAUAUACUAAUGGAUGACCCAUCAAUUGCAUCUGCCUUCAAUUGUAUGGGCAUGAUUUAUUCUCGACAGGGAUUGUACGCUGACGCUCUCGAAUAUUUUAAACAAGCGUUAAAUCAUCAAACACGACUCGAAUAUUCGAAUAAUAAUGCCCUCGCCGAAAUUCACAGUAAUAUUGGCGAAGCUUACGUGAAUCUGGCGUACUUUGAUGAAGCACUUCAAGUGUUCAAAAAAGCGGAACGGACCCAAAUGCGCGAGCCACUGACAACUCGACAACAUUUAGCAUCAAUUCAUUCUAAUAUUGGCUAUGCUUAUUACAAGAAAAAAGACUAUGAUAAUGCAGAAAAAUUUUUCAAAAUGGCUAAUGAUCUGUAUUCAAGUAAAACAUCUCGCAAAUUAGCAUAUGAUGCACUCGAGCAACGUUUGAUGGAAGCUGAUCUGAAUUUAAAAUAUGGAAAUUUGUUGAGCAUUAAACGACAGUUUGAAAAAGCAGACGAACAGUAUGAUAAGGCAAUCAAAACGUAUCAAACACUAUUGACCGAGACUGAUCCAAAACUAAUGAAAGCACAUACAGACUGCAUCGCCGAGUAUGCAAGAACACAGGCAUACAACAAGGUAAUCGAAAAAUAUGAGAAUGGGCUUAGCGAUCUACUUCAGAAAUACGAAUCGAAAGCGUUUGAAGUAACCACAACAACAGAUUUAAAAAAUUUGACCACUCUCUAUUAUCUAAUUGGUGCUUGUUACGCUAGUAUGGAAAAAUAUGACAAGGCUAUUCAAUCAUGGAAAAGGGGUUACAUUUGUAAACGAAAAAAUCAUAUCGAUCAACUUCUGCGAGCAACGUCCGAUGACGACGUUAAUGAUGAAGACUUGGGCGAUCUAAUAUAUUUUAUACACAAAUCAUUCCGCAAAGUAUCCGAGAAAAAGAUAAAAGACAAUGGACUGGUGUAUUUUCUCUUAGAACAAUACGAGAAGGCCAAAACUCAACUCGAACAAACCGAAAACAGUGACAUGAUUGAUCUAGUUCUAUUAGCUGACCUUUAUACACAGUUAAAUUUACAUAAUUUAGCUAUUGAGACUUAUGAAAAGGCUCUUUCAAUGAAGAAUGUAGCUAAAAAUGAUCCAAUUGUUACAGAAAUAUAUUUAUCAAUAGCGCAAUUAGAAACGAGCCCCGAAAAACUGCAAGAACACGAAAAACAUUUUACAAUAAAAGAAUCAGGCAAUAGAACAGUUAGUAUGAGAGUUGUUAUCAACGAUCAAUUGGCUAAAUGCUAUCUAGAAAAAGCGAAUAGAGAUGUUACUCAGCAGGUUUUAUAUGCGCAAGCACGUUCAAUUGCUGAACUUUCUAUCGCUUUAAAAUCUCAAUAUUUCUCUCAAUAUCAUCCUAGUAUAGCAACCAAUUACCGCUUAAUCGCUGAGACAUAUUUUGAAGAAAAUAAUUACAGACAAGCCAUUGAAAUGUAUCAAAAAGCGCUUGAAAUUCAACAGUUAAAUUUACCAAUGGAUCAUCGAGAUAUAAAACAAAGUUAUUUCAAAAUAGGCAAUACAUUUUGUAAGAUGUACAAACUAAAUGAUGCUGUUGAGAAAUAUCAAUUUGCCAUCGAAGGUGAUGUAUCUUCAUUGUUAAAAGCAAUAACGUUUAGUACAAAAGCCGAGCUUCUUGCUGAACAAAAAGACUAUUUGUCAGCUCUUGAUGAAGAAGUGAAAUCGCAGACAUUUUUAGAAGAACAGUUACCGAAAGAUUUGAUCGACAUUGUCGAAGCAACAUUUAUGGAUAGAUCGUUGGAUGACCUGAAAAAUUUGAUAAACGACAGAGUGCAGCUAUCUGAUAUCCGUUCAUUUGCAACAUUUCUUGCCGAUUUAUCAUACAUUUAUCUUAAACUAGGCUACAUAAAAUUCAAACAAGCGUCAAAACAAGCGUCAGAUGAAUGUAUAGCGGUGUAUCAAGAAGCGCUCAAUUUACAAUUGAAAAUAAUAUUAUUUCAAAAUUCAGAUGAAGAUGUGACGACAAAAAUCUAUCAAACACUCGGGUUUGUUAAUGCUACAAAUGAUAUCGACGACGAAGCACUACGCAACUACUCCCAAGCUAUGGAUAAUGAAAGCAAUUAUGUGAUCCAUUGGAAAUUAGUUAAUCUCUACGAAGGAGAGGAAAGAUAUUCAAUGGCACUUAGUCACUGUAAGUAUCUUCUCAGAUAUACUGAAACGAUACAAGAUACAGAAAAUGUUAUAAAGAAUAAAAUCGAAUUUUUGACAAAUGAAGUGGACGAAGAGGCCUCUAAAGAAGAUGAGGACGAAGAUAGUGAAUCAUCUUCAGAUGAGGAAAGUAGUGUUGAGAGCACAGACUCACUACCAAACGACACAAAUCUUACGAAUUCUAACAAUCGACUUUUAUCACCAAAUUCAUCAAUUGCCAAUACCUAUUAUCUUUUGCAAGACUAUACAAGAGCACUCAACUACUAUCAGAAAGAUAUUAAACAUCGAAUCAAAAAGCUCUCUCGAAAACCGCUGUUAAUCAAAUGUAAAGUUAAGUCAGAUAAUAUGUGGUUCUUUUUAAUUGAAUUAUUUACAAAACUGAUUUCACAAGUUAAGCAAUCACAGCGAAUUGAUUCGUAUGAAAGCAUGACUUAUGAAUUUCUAGGUGAUUUAUAUAUUAAAUGUGCUGAAAUCGCUGUCAAAACAACCAAAUAUUCUGAUGCUGUUUAUAGUUAUGCAAAUGCUUUACAACUGUAUACUAACUAUUGCUUUCAUCACAACACAAAACCUGUUUCAAUCUUUGAUACAUUAUCUCGUAAAGGAGCUCUAUCCGUCACCGAUAUAGCAGACUUUUAUGAGAGUAUCCCCGGCGUCAAUCGAGAAUAUAAAACAUGGAUUAAACUGAAAAUGAUCUUGUUAGAGCAUGAACGAGCCAAGGCUAAUGACGAAUUUGAACGAAUAAUCCAAAUGUGUUUCACUUGUAAACAAGAUCUGAAUUUAUCAGAUCAUUCAGAUCUGAUGAUCGAUGCUGCGCUUAAUUAUGUUAUACUUAAAAUUUGUAAGGAAACAUAUGGUUAUGCUGAUGCCAUGGAGAUUAUUGAAAAACUUAAAAUAGAUGAAAAAAAUCUUCCUAUAUAUGAUGUUAUCAUACUUUAUCGGUUGAUGGUCAAUUUUAUUGCUGAGUUUAUCGACAAAGAUUUUGGUAUUAUCAAUGAGGAAAAAGCGGAAGAAGAACCAGAGCAAGAUAAAAAUGAUAAUGAUAGCGAUGAAAAAAAUCUCAAAACAAUGGAGAAAUACAAACAAUUGCUGUUUCAACAAAUAUCAAAAGCGGUCACGCCGGUUAUUGAUAAAGACAGCAUGUUGUUUCAAACAUUCUUGGUAGGUGAUAACACUGAUGAUAAAAGAGUAUUUUCGUGUAUUGGUGAUAUUUUAACAUAUAUUGGUGCUCAUGAUUUAGCUGCUGCCUAUUGGGAAGAUAUCCGAUCUGAGAAAGAACAGAUGCUAUCCAAGACUAUUUUGGACAUGAUCCUUUCAAAACAAUCAAAUGUGUCACUGAUUUAUAAGGAAAUGAAAUGUAUGGAAACAGAUUUGGCCAAAUGUCUAACAUCGAUUGCGCAAAGCUACGAUAAAUCUGGUGGAUUCUUUGAGAAGUAUGGCGAUGAGGUGUGUCGAAUCAAGAGCGGAGAAAACGCUGAGUUUGAAGCUUUAGGAUAUUAUGCAUAUGCUAAACGUAUGUUUGAUAUAGCAGACUCUCUCUAUAAAAAAGUGGGAAUAAACGUUACUGAAUCUCGCCACAAAUCAAUAGAGAAAAAAAUGAGCAAACAAGUCGAACUGAUAGAAAAAGCUGAAGAUAAUUCAGAGCAACAUGAAUUUUUUUAA